UUCCUGGUUCUGAGACGGCGGAUGAGGCCACUGUGGGACCCGCAGGCUGCCACAAACGAUGCAGCAGGUGCCUGAUGGCGCGGAUGUUUUUGGAGCCAGUUAUGGCACAGACGAGUUCAAGCAACAGUGGAACAUACAGGCAAAUCGUGAAGUGCCAAAAGAAAUCCGAUUUACUACAAGGAUCUGAGUUUAACAAGGCUAGCAGUACAGACCAAACGCUGUUUAAAACCAGCAAAAGUACUGGAGUCCAAAUGGAAAAAUCUCGGACCUGUCUCAAGUACCUCAUGUUUCUGUCCAAUAGUUUAAUUUUUGCAGGAGGUAUUUGUCUGCUGGGAGUUGGCAUCUGGGUUACAACCAACCCCAAUGGCUUCAAGAAUAUUGUGGCUGCAAACCCAUUAAUAUAUACAGGGGCUUACAUCAUCUUGACAGUCGGAGUAAUUCUCUUCUUCCUAGGGUUCUUAGGUUGCUGGGGAGCCAUCCGAGAGAGCAAGCAACUGCUUAUGACUUUUUUGCUGCUUAUUUUGAUCAUUUUCAUCCUGGAACUGGUAGCUGCUGUCCUUGCAUUAGUCUUCCGAAAGCAGAUACGAAAGGAUUACUUUUUGAAAGAAUUGCAGAUGAAAUAUAAGGGUGACAAUUCUACUGAUGUCUUUUCAAAGACCUGGAAUGUAAUUAUGAUGGAUUUUUCUUGCUGUGGUGUAAAUGGACCUCGUGAUUUUGGACGGAAUUCCACUUUUUACCGGCUUUUCCCAAAUAGACUGCUACCUGAAGCAUGCUGUAAAAGGAAUCGCACAUUUCUGGUAGAGCAUGUCCUAGACAAGAACAAAUGCGUACAGGGAGAUGCUGGCUACAUAAACAACAAGGGAUGUUUCUCAAUGAUUGCAGAGAAUUUUCGGAACUACGUCCACUUAGUUGGUGCAUUCAGUAUAAUAGUGCUCUUAAUUGAGCUUUGUGCAAUGGCUUUUGCAAUAUUCAUAUACCGGACCUAUAACUAAUAUUGGUUAUCAUCAGGAGAAAGGGAUAGAGUUCCAGUCACUUUUAAACAAAGAACCAGGCAGCAGGAGAAACCCUACACCUUCUGAUCAAUAACUGAAUGGAUGUGCAGAGCCUGCAAUGAUCUACUAAAGCUAUAAUCAAAACAUGGCUGAAAUCAGCUUUGAGGAGCAAAGAAAACAGAAGAAAGAUAACACCUAACUACUUUUAUAUUUCUGUCCAUGCCUUUAUAAUUUUUCUUUGUCUGGUUGACAAUACGCUACGUAACUUUACAUCAGAAUUACGACCCUAUAUUAAGUGGUUCUGUGGUCAGGUGUCAAAGUAAAGUGAAACUAAUUGUUUAUUAGAUAAUAUUGUGAAAUUAAUUUUCAUAUUGCCUUUGUAAAAGUAUUUAUGUAAUGUUGGCUGUAGUUUUGACUCUAAACCUGAAAACACAUAGUGAAAAUUACUCUUUUAAUUUAUUAUCCCUGCUCCACUUUGUAGCUUCCACUUUGAGCCCUCUCAAUCCGCAGACAGAUUAGCAGCUCCCAAUUUUGUGCUUUUGUGAUACUUGUGAGAAGGACUAGAGUGAUACUAUGUUCAUUUAGAACUUGCGCCCUACAUCACAAUCUCUUCACCACAUCUAUUUGGGAAUUCAACUUGGUAGCCUCUCCAAGUAUACUUGCCUGUUGAGAUUGUAGGUUUCCCCUCUAAAAAUCCCAUCAAACAAUCCAUUCUCUGUCAGUCUGCUGGGCAGUAUAUUAACAUGACAGAAGUAAGUAGUGACUACCUUAGUUUAUGUUUCCUGCUGCUGCUGUAAGAAGUGUGUUGUUUUCCAGUGAGCUUUUCUCUGAGAGUUAAUGGAGAGAGAGAUUCUAUUAUUUAGUCAUGCACUGGUUAUAUUGCCUUGUUUUGGUUUAUAGACACACGCACGCGUGCGCGCGCACACACACACACACACACACACACACACACACACACACACACACACACACACACAGAAAUUAGCUUCAGUGCAGAGUAUGUAAAAGCAGCAACAGAAGGCAUCACAUUUUUACACAUUUCAAAAUUAAUUUAUUAUGCUAUGCCAUUGGGCCAUUGUUCUCAAUGCUGGACAGCCCUCUGUGUAUUGAAAACCUUUAAAACAUAUGUAAAAUGCUUCAAAGCUAGACAUAAUGAGGUAAUCAUUCCACUAGGCAAUGCCUUCAGGAAUGAAUCUGCAUCCGUUUUCUUAAAGUUAUUGUUUCCAAAACAAUCAUAAAUGUAGGUUUAAAUUCCCACCCUGGUAAUUUCUUAAGAUGUGCGACAGGAGCUGGGAUCUGAUACCAGAACUAUCAACUGGACUUCCUAAAAACUCUCAGAAUAUACUGGAUGAUUGCAUUGUGCAGCUCCUCAUGGUACCUUGCCUAAGACUGAGGCUGAACUACAGGGCCUGAAUCUGGCUUUCUGUUUUUACUCAAUAAAGAUAUCACAAAAUCUCUCUCUAGUUCUGUGGAACUAGUCCAGGUUUCAGUAAGUAGUUAAAUGUAGGAGCCAAAGGCAUGUAGAAUAGAGCCCCCGUUUUAUUGAGUAUGCCAAGGUGAAUACUGUUGACACCAGUAGCCUGGUUUGAUUUAUGAAUCUUAAUUCCUAUCUAUACAUCCAUUAGUAUUAACCCUGUGUAUCAGCUCUGACUUAGCGCCCCCUCAGUUGUUAAGACUUAGAGAGAGGAACACGGCCAUAUCUUGAGAGAUUCAGGUCACAGCUGCCCUGCAAAAUCCCAGAGUCACUCGAGGACUCUGACUUCAAAGCUCAUUCUUGAUUGGUAGAAUGAAAUAAGCAUUGUAGAAGAGACUGCCUCCCUCCUGAAAUUUGGCCCCAUUCACUUUAGUGGCAGAGACAUUGGAAGGGAAUACACCAAAGUUUCAGAUAUCAAAGAUGAAUUUCUACCCUACCGACCUUAAAGUAACUAAAAAAAGGGGCCUUGCUAUCAACACCAAACUUAUCUUCUAUUUCCAUUCCCUUUGAUCAUUUAACUAGGCUGAUAGCAGUUUUCUCUCUGGCUUCAACUGAAUUACAACUCCGUUUAUCUGAAAGUUGUAUACGUUGCAUCUGAUAAAAUAUUAUUUAGUUUUGGAAAUCAACAUUUAACCAUUUUGUUUUUUUAUCUUAUCCUUAUAUCUGAUCUGCAUAAUAACUACAUUUACAGAGUUCUCUACUAAAGAUCAACAUCAAAUUGUUACUUCAAAUGAAGUCAUGAGAAUAAGUUUUAAGGACAUAAGUUGGAACUAAUGAGAGAAUUUCACAUAAAGAAUAAUUAAUCUAUAUGGAGUGGAAAGUGACACAAAUGAAUAAUUUCUUGCUGAUAUUUCUUCCUCCUUAGGCAGUCCCUCAGGACUGAGGGUGACUUGCUUUCACUCUGGUUUUGUGGGUUCUGAGGUGCCUGAUGAGGCCAAUGUGGGAACCACAGACUCCUCCACAGAUGGGGUGGGAAGUGCCUGAUGGGGUGAGUGGGGGGUAGUUUGUGAGGUGGUGCACUUCUGCCAUUUAUGAGGGCUUCUAUAAACUCCUGAUGCAUGGAAUAAGACAGCAUUGAGUAAAUGAGUGAUGUGGUCUGGACAAUGAAGCCAACUGAGCAUUAUUAAUGCCUUAAUGUGAGAGAAAGGUCUUCUAGCAAUCUGUCUUGCUGCACAGCUUUGCUCCUUGAAGGUUCAUAACAAGAUCCCAGAAAAUGUGGAAUACUUCCCAUCCCUUGAGAGCCACCUUUCUCCAAAGGUAGACGUCAUUGAUGAAAUUCACCAUCAUUUUCACUGCAUCAGCACAGCUUUAGGUCAAGCAAGGAAAAAGGUGUUUGAAGAUCAAGAACUCAGACAUGGCACAAAACUAAUCCCUGUCCUAUAUGUGUCUGAGAUCUGGACUACUUACAGCAGGCAUCUCAAGGCACUGGAAAAAUACCACCAAUGCUGUCUCUGUGAAAUCCUCCAAACUCAGCAGAAGGAUAAGUGAACCAACAUUAGUGUCCUCUCCUGGGCCAACAUCCCCAGGACUGAUGACAUUUAGCAUAUCAUUGGCGUUCUUAGUGGGGUACCAGUUAAAUUUUACACAUUAUUUACAAAACUUAUGUUGUUAUCUAACAUUUGGCUAAGGCAGAAUCCAAGUCAGUCAACUCAAAUACAAAUAUUUCAAAUAAUUUGUUCAAAUCAAAUAUAUUUUUAUCAAUAACUUUUUAAAAAUGUUCCAUUAAUAUUUAAUCCAC